GUGAGUGAAUCGGCGUGCUCGUCUAGGUUCAGUAGCUAGCAAGGAUUCGCGAACGAGCACGAGAAAGAAGCGGCCCGUCUAAAAACUUCAAUCUAUAAAUCAAUAUUGAUGGAGUGGCAGCCAGACGAACAGGGACUUCAGCAGGUCCUCCAGCUCCUAAAGGACUCCCAGUCACCCAACACAGCCACACAGAGAGCUGUUCAACAAAAACUUGAGCAGCUGAACCAGUUCCCGGACUUCAACAACUAUCUCAUCUUUGUGCUCACAAGACUGAAAACUGAAGAUGAGCCCACUCGCUCCCUGAGUGGUCUGAUCCUGAAGAACAAUGUGAAGGCCCAUUACCAGAACUUCCCCCCGGCCGUGGCAGACUUCAUCAAGCAGGAAUGUCUGAACAACAUCGGCGACCCCUCACCACUCAUCCGUGCCACCAUUGGCAUCUUGAUCACGACAAUCUCCUCCAAAGGGGAGCUGCAGACAUGGCCGGAACUCCUGCCUCAGCUGUGCAACCUGCUCAACUCGGAGGACUACAACACCUGCGAGGGCUCGUUUGGCGCCCUGCAGAAGAUCUGCGAGGACUCUUCAGAGCUUCUGGACAGUGAUGCUCUCAACCGCCCCCUCAACAUCAUGAUCCCCAAGUUCCUGCAGUUUUUCAAGCACUGCAGCGCCAAGAUCAGAUCCCAUGCCAUAGCAUGUGUGAACCAGUUUAUAAUCGGCAGAGCACAGGCGCUGAUGGACAACAUUGACACCUUUAUCGAGAGUCUGUUUGCGCUGGCUGCAGACGAGGACUCGGAGGUGAGGAAGAACGUGUGCCGGGCCCUGGUCAUGCUGCUGGAGGUCCGCAUCGACCGCCUCAUCCCCCACAUGCACAGCAUCAUCCAGUACAUGCUGCAGCGCACCCAGGACCCGGACGAGAACGUGGCUCUGGAGGCCUGCGAGUUCUGGCUCACCCUGGCCGAGCAGCCCAUCUGCAAGGAGGUCCUGGCUGGACACCUGGUGCAACUCAUUCCUAUCCUGGUGAAUGGCAUGAAGUACUCUGAGAUCGACAUCAUUCUUCUAAAGGGCGACGUGGAAGAGGACGAAGCGGUGCCCGACAGCGAGCAAGACAUCAAGCCCCGCUUCCACAAGUCCCGCACCGUCACCCUCCAGCACGAGGGCGGCGAGGGCGAGGAGGGGGAGGACAUCGACGAGGACGAUGACGACGACGACGACACGCUCUCUGACUGGAACCUACGGAAGUGUUCGGCGGCGGCGCUGGACGUGCUGGCUAACGUGUUCCGGGACGAGCUGCUGCCCCACCUGCUGCCGCUGCUCAAGGGCUUACUCUUUCACCCCGACUGGGUCAUCAAGGAGUCUGGGAUCCUGGUGCUGGGGGCCAUCGCUGAGGGCUGUAUGCAGGGCAUGGUCCCCUACUUGCCGGAGCUCAUCCCCCACCUCAUCCAAUGCCUGUGUGACAAGAAGGCCCUGGUGCGCUCCAUCGCCUGCUGGACGCUCAGCCGCUACGCCCACUGGGUGGUCAGCCAGCCGCCGGACUCCCACCUCAAGCCGCUGAUGACCGAGCUGCUGAAACGCAUCCUGGAUGGCAACAAGAGAGUUCAAGAGGCUGCCUGCAGUGCGUUUGCUACUCUGGAGGAGGAGGCAUGCACAGAGCUGGUCCCCUACCUGAGCUUCAUCCUGGACACCCUGGUGUUCGCCUUUGGCAAGUACCAACACAAGAACCUGCUGAUCCUCUAUGAUGCCAUCGGGACGCUGGCCGACUCCGUGGGACACCACCUCAACCAGCCGGAGUACAUCGAGAAGCUGAUGCCCCCCCUCAUCGCCAAAUGGAACGAGCUGAAGGACGAGGAUAAGGACCUCUUCCCGCUGCUGGAGUGUCUGUCGUCAGUAGCCACAGCACUGCAGAGUGGCUUCCUGCCCUACUGUGAGCCGGUCUACCAGCGCUGUGUCACCCUGGUGCAGAAGACCCUGGCCCAGGCCAUGAUGUACAACCAGCACCCAGACCAGUACGAGGCCCCCGACAAGGACUUCAUGAUCGUGGCCCUGGACCUGCUGAGCGGCCUGGCCGAGGGCCUGGGGGGCCACGUGGACCAGCUGGUGGCCCGCUCCAACAUCAUGACCCUGCUCUUCCAGUGCAUGCAGGACAGCAUGCCUGAGGUGAGACAGAGCUCCUUUGCUCUACUGGGAGACCUGACCAAGGCCUGUUUCCCUCACGUCAAACCCUGCAUUGCUGAGUUCAUGCCCAUCUUGGGGCUGAAUCUCAACCCAGAGUUCAUCUCUGUGUGCAACAACGCCACCUGGGCCAUAGGAGAGAUCUCCAUGCAGAUGGGCAAAGAUCACAAGCAGGAGGAAGGGGAUUGUGCAGGAGCAGAGAUGCAGCCCUAUGUGGGCAUGGUCCUCAACAACUUGGUGGAAAUCAUCAACAGACCCAACACACCUAAGACUCUUCUGGAGAAUACAGCCAUCACGAUCGGCCGGCUGGGCUAUGUGUGUCCACAGGAGGUGGCGCCACAGCUGCAGCAGUUUAUUAGACCAUGGUGCACGUCGUUGAGGAACAUCCGGGAUAACGAGGAGAAGGACUCUGCGUUCCGCGGCAUCUGCAUGAUGAUCGGAGUCAACCCCGGAGGAGUGGUACAGGACUUCAUCUUCUUCUGUGAUGCUGUGGCCUCCUGGGUCAGCCCCAAGGACGACCUGAGGGACAUGUUCUACAAGAUCCUACAUGGCUUCAAGGACCAGGUGGGAGAGGAGAACUGGCAGCAGUUUUCCGAGCAGUUCCCCCCUCUGCUGAAGGAGCGGCUGUCGGCCUGCUAUGGUGUGUAGCCCCCCCCACCACCCCUGGACGACGUGGGACACGCCUGUUAAUGUACGGGAGGGUUUACUGGGGGAACUCAUCCAUCUGUGUAAUUGCACUGCCCUGAUCGUGGGGGGGGAAGGAGGAGGGACGCGACUAGCCUGCCCCUCCGGACGGGCCCCACGCCCUGUGUGUCUCCUGUGAG